AUGUCCUUCAUUGGUAUUUACAAGGCGAUUUACGACUACGCGCCGCAAUCGCCGGACGAGCUUGCGCUCACCCAGGACGACGUGCUCUAUCUCUUGGAAAAGUCCGACACCGACGACUGGUGGACCGUCAAGAAACAUAUUCCCGCUAGCCAAUCGUCGCCAGACGAACCCGAACCGUCGGGUUUGGUGCCGUGCACCUAUAUCGAGCCUGCUAUCCCGAUUCACACCGCCACGGCGCUCUAUGACUAUGAGCGCCAGACAGACGAGGAGUUGUCGGCUCCGGAGAACGCUACGCUUCAGGUGUACGACGUGUCUGACGUGGACUGGAUCCUUGUGGGGCUCAACUCACAGUAUGGGUUCAUGCCUGCCAACUACCUUGAGAUGUCUACUGCGGUCCCAGCCGCAGCUCCAGCCCCGGCCCCUGCCACGCUCGCAGCUCCAGUUGUCACCCACUUCCCUCCACCGCCACAGCAUCCAAAAUCCACGCCGUUGCCCCCACUCCCACAGGAGGCCUUCACGCCCCAGAGCAACAAGUACGGCGUCAGUGAGCCGGGAAGCGAGGACGAAGCCCCACCGAUGCCCCAAAGACCCACCGAAGCGGCUAGAAACACCAGCUCCGCCACCGUUGUCAGACUGUCGCCGCUGCCACCAUCAGUCCCAGAGCACGAGUACUCUGGCGAGUUCUUCAAGUGGCACAUCGCGGAGCUCGACGGCCGCAAGAAGAAGAAGGUUGUCUUGGUUGUGGGCAACAACCAGUUGUUUUUCCAGCCGGAAUCCGACAGCUCCUCCAGCGCCCGCCGCCACUGGUCCAUUGCCGAUUUAACGUCGGUUUCGACGGAAAAGAAGCAUGUGUUCUUGGAGUUGAAGAACCCACGGGAGUCGAUCGAACUCCACGCCGGCUCCCGAGACGUUGCCGAGGCCAUCUUUGCGAUCUGUGGCGAACUCAAGGGUGCCAACCAGGCGAAAGCCUUGAAGGAAGUGGCGCUGGCCUCUGAGCCUUCCAAGUCUAGCUUCAAGACCGCUAGGGUGUUGUUCGACUUUGACUCUCAGGGCACCGACGAACUUUCCGUCAAGGAAGACCAGGUGGUGUACGUCUUGAACGACUCAAAGUCGCAGGACUGGUGGAUGGUGCAGAAUGUCGACACUAAUAGAACCGGGGUAGUCCCUGUGUCGUACCUCGAGGUCAUAGGCACCAGCGCCCUUGCUAGCCUCACCAACCAGAAACUCACCGGGGAGAGUAAAAAGUCUAGUACCAGUGAUAAGCUCAAACGGAGAAUGUCGUUUGGGUUGUCCCCAGGAAGGUCCAAGUCUAGAGGCAAGGACGAAAGAGACAAGAUUCGUGAGAGAGACGAUCGUGAGAGAGCGCGCGAGAAUAACCGCGAACUGGAGCACCGAUCGAAGGGCUCUAGCUCCAAGGGCUCCAGCUCCAUGCCAAAUCUGCACCGCGUGCGCACAUGGAUUGAUAACUCGGGAACGUUCAAAGUCGAAGCGGAGUUCCUCGGCUGUGUCCAGGGAAAGAUCCACCUCCACAAAACUAACGGUGUCAAAAUUGCCGUUAGCGCCGAAAAGCUCUCCCUUGAAGAUUUGGAGUAUGUGGAGAAGAUCACCGGCACCAGCUUGGAAAGCUACAAGAAUUCACUCCAGAGACAGAGACAGAGAGAGAUGGAGAGAAAGAGGCAAAAUGAGAGAUCAGUUACUCCCCCUCCCAAGCCAGUUAGACCGGAGCAAAGCACCGAGAGAAUGCCAGAGAGAAAGCCGGAGAGAGUGGUGGUCCAAAACCCAAACAACCACGGACCAGCUCCUAGUUCCUACGACUGGUUCGAGUUCUUUUUGAGCUGUGGGAUUGACGUCGGCAACUGCCAGAGAUACACCUUGAACUUUGACAAGGAGAAAAUGGACGAGGGGAUCUUGGAAGACGUUACCCCGGCGCUCUUGAGAACAUUAGGGUUACGCGAAGGGGACAUUUUGCGUGUCACCCGCUUCCUUGACGCUAAGUUUGACCGCAAGAAGGAAGCCAAUAGUUCCGGCGCCGCUGAAACCCCAGUUUCUGGUGGUUUGUUCACCGAACCAACCGGUGCCCUUAAGGUGAACGCCGAGCCUGUGCCCAAGGUGGACGUUUCUGGGUUACCCUCCCCCGUGAAAACGGCCCCUGAGAGAAACUUGCUUGAUGACGAUGCCUGGGCUGUUAAGCCGGCGAUUUCUGCCGGCUCCACGCCGUUUACCGGGUCCAUGCAGGAUUUGUUGGACAUCAAGCCGUUGGUUCCAACCAAGUCGGGUGAGCAGCCGCAAGCUGCGCCAGUGCCAGCUCCAGCGGUACAGCCCGUCAAAACCGGCGGUAAUGAAGUCCAGUUACCACCAACCACUGACCGUUCGGAAAUCGCAGCGCAGCAGACGGGCGGGCUAGUGGCCAUGCCUACUGGCUUCAUGCCGAUUGCCUAUCAGCCAACCGGGUUUAUGCCUAUCCAGCAGACCGGUCUUGUCGCAAUCAGAACUGGUGGCUUGGCUCCUCUCCAAACCGGCUCGUUCAUUGUUCCGUUGCAGACCGGGGCUUUCACCAACGUCAUGCCUGUGACCUCUUUCGGGGUUUCCUCUCAGAUGACUGGCGGGAUUCCAUCUCAGACUACCGGUGGUCUUAUUCCAUUGCAGAGAACCGGUGGAUUGAUUCCAUUGCAAAGAACUGGUACUACACAACUUCCUGCCGUGAUGCCACAGACCAGCUUUGGCGCCAUGCCGUCUCAAAUUACCGGUGGGUUGAUUCCAUUGCAAAGAACUGGUGGUACUGCACAGCUUCCUGCCGUGAUGCCACAGACUAGCUUUGGUGCCGCGCCUUCUCAGAUCACUGGGGGCAUGCCAUCUUUUGGCAUGCCGGCUCAGACUACUUUUGGGAACGCUCAAAUGCCUGGGGGCUUGCCACAACCUAAUGGGUUCGCACCGCAAACCAGUUUUGGGACCCAGCCGACCGGUUUCAUUCCCCAGUCGUCUUUCGGUCAGCAGUUGGCGAUCCAGAAGACCGGUGGUGUGGCAGUGCAGCCAAACUUUUCUGUGAACGUUCCGCCCUUGCAGCCUCAACAGACGUUCCAGACUCCAAACCAGUUUGCCAUGCCCCAAAACACCUUUGGGUUACAAUCCCCCGGAUUUAACAACUUUGCUCCUCCGCAACAGCAAAUGAACCAGUUGAAUAAUAUGUUCCAGCAGACGAGUAUCUCGACGCCGGGCCUCAACCAAGGCCAAACUUUUAACCAAAAUCUUUCGCAACCACCAACUUCCUUUGGCGGUAGUGGGUUUACUGGAUUCGGCAACGAGAGCUCCACGCUCCAAUCCCAGCCGACGGGAGCGGGCUUCGGAAACGGGCCGCAGUCGUUACUGUCGCAGGUUACCGGGAGACGAGCAAACUUGAACUCGGCCACACCAAACAAUCCGUUUGGGUUCUAG